UGUCGCGGUUCUGCGAGCACCCCUAGCAGGCACUGAGAAGCAGGAAAGAACGAACAGCCAGCCGCAAGAGAAGCAAACGCGUCUCGUCUGAACGAAGGAAUCUAGUGUGGUCUCAAGCCAUUCUGUGGUGUGUGUCGUAGGUCGUCUAGUCUGGUUUGGUCUGGCACGCAGGAUAACACCCGGUAGGAUCUUCGCCCGGAGUACGCUGCCACGCAAUCCAAGCUCGCACCGUCCGCUCUAGUUUCCCCCCACGUCUGUGUUCACGGAAUUGACGGAGCAGCAGCAGCAGCAGCACCGUUCGCAAGCACCGCACAGCUCUUUCACCAACCGGUUCACACACGUUUGCCGUGCGUACAGCAAAAGGACGAAAAAUGCAGGCUCGAAGCGUUAUCCUGAACGCGAAACAGACGGUGGACGCGCUGCGGACGCUGGUCGGGACCGCCUCGCCGAAGAAGUCGCUCACCAAGGCGGCCACAUCGGCGGCGGUGCAGGCGUUCCAGGCGCGCGACUACCAUGAGGUGACGGGCGACAUCAUCGUGCCGUCGAUGGUGCAGGGCAUCGACCAUCUGCGCGAUCCGCGCCUCAACAAGGGGCUCGCGUUCACGCUGGAGGAGCGCCAGAUCCUCGGCAUCCACGGGCUGCAGCCGGCACGCUUCAAGUCGCAGGAGGAGCAGCUGGAGCUGUGCCGCAUCUCGAUCUCGCGCUACCAGGAAGACCUCAACAAGUACCUGUACCUGGUCGAUCUGCAGGACCGCAACGAGCGGCUGUUCUUCCGACUGAUCUCGGAGGACGUGGAAAAGAUGAUGCCGAUCGUCUACACGCCCACCGUCGGGCUGGCCUGCCAAAAGUUCGGCCUGAUCUAUCGGCGACCGCGCGGCCUGUUCGUGACGAUCAACGACCGGGGCCACGUGUUCGACGUGCUGCGCAACUGGCCGGAACCGGACGUGCGCGCGAUCGUCGUGACGGACGGCGAGCGCAUCCUGGGCCUGGGCGAUCUUGGCGCGUGCGGCAUGGGCAUCCCGGUCGGCAAGCUGGCGCUGUACACCGCGCUCGCCGGCAUCCCGCCGCACCAGUGUCUGCCGAUCGUGAUCGACGUUGGCACGAACAACAAGGACCUGCUGGAAGAUCCGCUGUACAUUGGGCUGCGGCACCAGCGCGUGCAGGGCAAGGAGUACGACGAGUUUAUCGACGAGUUCAUGCAGGCGGUCGUGAAGCGGUACGGCCAGAACACGCUCAUCCAGUUCGAGGACUUUGGCAACCACAACGCGUUCCGCUUUCUGGACAAGUACCGCAACACCUACUGCACGUUCAACGACGACAUCCAGGGCACGGCCUCGGUCGCGGUCGCGGGCAUGCUGGCCGCGAAGCGCAUCACCAACAAGCGCAUCUCGGACAACACGUUCCUGUUUCUGGGUGCGGGCGAGGCGGCCGUCGGCAUUGCCGAUCUGGUGGUGAAAGCGAUGCAGGCGGAGGGCACGGGCCUGCAGGAGGCGCGCGACAAGAUCUGGAUGUUCGACAUCGACGGUCUGCUGGCGAAGGGCCGCCCGGAGGGUCGGCUCGGCGGGCACAAAGCGUACUAUGCCAAAGAUCACGGCGUGAUGAAGAACUUUGCCGACGUGGUGAAGGAGGUGAAACCGUCGGUGCUGAUCGGUGCGUCCGCGGCGGGCGGCGCGUUUACGCCGGAGAUUCUGCAGGCGAUGGGCCAGUUCAACGAGCGGCCGAUCAUUUUCGCCCUGUCCAAUCCGACCUCCAAGGCGGAGUGUACGGCACAGGCGGCCUAUGAUAAUACCGAGGGUCGGUGCAUUUUUGCGUCGGGUUCUCCGUUCCCGCCGGUGCAGUAUGGCGGAAAGACGUUCAUCACCGGCCAGGGCAACAACGCGUACAUCUUCCCGGGCGUCGCUUUGGGUGUCAUCGUUACCGGCACGCACCACAUCCCGGAGGACAUGUUCCUUAUCGCUGCCCAGGUCGUCGCGGACCACGUAUCCGAGGCGGACCUCGAGAAGGGUUCGCUCUACCCUCCGCUAAGUGCCAUUAAGGAGUGUUCGAUGGAUAUCGCAGUCGGCGUUACGAACUACGCAUAUCAGAAGGGUCUCGCCUCGACCUACCCCGAGCCGGAGGACAAGAAGUCGUACAUUGAGUCGCACCUGUACAACUACAACUACCAGAGCGCCAUGCCCGUCACCUGGCCAUGGCCGAAGCAGCACGAAUCAUCGAAAACGCGGGAAAUCAAUCCGACCAAACUGCAGGCAUAAUAGGCUGCGGCGGCAGCACAACAAUGGCCCUUUGGUGGGGAAGUUUAAUUAAUUUCCAUCUGCAUCAGUUUCCACCAGUAUUUAUGUUGUCAGCGUCAAUUAGGUCAUUUAUUUAUUUUAAACCAUUUUUGCGCACUGUUCGUAAGGCAGUUGCACGACAGGCAGCAGCAGUCCCACCACCACUACCUUACCAUUCUGCCAUCCUGCCGGCGUUUGUGUGCGUGCGGGUGAUGCCACUACGACCCGGAAAUCCCGGAAGCUGACUGCAACCGUAGAGAAAGAGAGAGAGAGAGAUAACGUGGGAGAUGUGUAACUAUGUUCCUUUUUUACCUAUUAACCAAAAGAUCCACUCCCGUUUACGAUUAGCUGUUAACCUAUGUGAUUGGUUGGAAAUUUGUCUCACCACAGUGCUCCCGGAUUCGGCAAACGAGGUUCAUCGGUCCGAUUUAUAGACAAAAUUGCUUAAAAAGGAACGGAACGAAAUUGCUACACAGACGGAGAACGUGCGGCUAGCAAAUAGUUUAACUAUGUUGAAUGGAAUUCGUCUAGUUUUGCUGGAGUUGAACCGACUAGCGCUGCCACCCAUACACACAUCCGCACACACACACACUCGUUUGUUGUCAAGGCUAAAAUACGGCUAAAAGCAAAGCAAGAAAAACUUACCGAGCUAAUCGAUUCGGUAUUCGAUACUUGAAAUAAAAUGAACCAUUCUGUCAGACACCGUUAAA